GUCCCACAGGGAAGUGGCCUAACUUCUCGGAGCAGGUGUCUUUGGAGGAGCUCACUGGAGGCGUGAGGAGGGGAAAUUUCACAUAGCCUACUGCAUUUCCCUCUUGAAACCUCCUUGCGUACUAAACUUUUAGAUGUUUGCAAAAAUGGUUUCUAAGUUGACAUCUCUGCAACAGGAGCUUCUGAGCGCCUUGUUGGACUCUGGAGUUACUAAAGAUGUGCUUCUGCAAGCGUUGGAAGACCUGGACCCGAGCCCGAGCGCUUUUGGAGUUAAACUGGACAGUCUGCAGAUGUCCCCCUCCGGCUCCAAACUCAGUGAUACGGAUACAAAGCCGGUGUUUCACACGCUGACCAAUGGACACGGUAAAGAGAAGUUAUCAGGGGAUGAGGGCUCAGAGGACGGGGAUGAUUACGAUACACCGCCGAUACUGAAAGAGCUGCAGUCUCAAAACACAGAGGAAGCAGCGGAGCAGAGGGCAGAAAUCGAGCGAAUUUUGGCGGAGGACCCGUGGCGCGCGGCCCGCAUGAUCAAAAGCUACAUGCAGCAGCACAAUAUCCCUCAGCGCGAGGUGGUGGAUGUGACAGGCCUCAAUCAGUCGCACCUGUCGCAGCACCUGAAUAAAGGCACGCCUAUGAAGACGCAGAAACGCGCGGCGCUGUACACCUGGUACGUCAGGAAACAGCGGGAGAUCUUGCGACAAUUCAACCAGGUCUCGCAAGGCUCUGUCAGCAACAUGUCCGACAAAGCCAACCAGGAUCAGGUGCUACUUUUUUUCUCCGAGUUCAGUCAGUCCGGGCAGGGCAUGGGGCAGAGCAUGGGGCAGUCAGGGGACGAUACUGGCAUUGAACCUGCAUGCAAGAAAUUGAGACGCAACCGCUUCAAAUGGGGGCCUGCAUCUCAACAGAUCCUUUACCAGGCUUACGAACGUCAGAAGAACCCCAGCAAAGAGGAGAGGGAGGCACUGGUGGAGGAGUGCAACCGAGCUGAAUGCCUCCAGAGAGGAGUAUCGCCAUCUAAAGCUCACGGGCUUGGCUCCAACCUGGUCACGGAGGUGCGAGUCUACAACUGGUUUGCCAACAGGAGAAAGGAAGAGGCCUUUAGACAAAAACUGGCUAUGGAUGCCUAUAGUGGGCCAACACACAAUCUGAACUCCCUUCUUGCACACAGUUCCCCACAUCACCCACAAACCAGCAACUCCCCACCAAGUAAGAUGCAAGGUGUCCGGUACGGCCAGCAAGGUCCUGGUGAAGUCAGUUCCUCUACAACGAUCAACCACCAUAGCAGCAAUGCCAUGUCAACCAGUCAGUCAGUGUUACAGCAGGUCUCUCCAGGGGCUCUGGACCCCAGCCACAGCCUCCUGUCACCUGACGUCAAGAUGAUCUCGGUAUCAGGCGGAGGUCUUCCUCCAGUCAGCACCCUGACCAACAUCCAUGCAUCCCACCACAUGCACCAACAGACCCCCAACCUCAUAAUGCCCCUUUCUGGAGUCAUGGCCAUCGCACAAAGUUUGAACACGUCGCAGGCGCAGACGGUACCUGUCAUCAACAGCGUUGCAGGCAGUCUGGCAGCGUUGCAGCCGGUGCAGUUCUCGCAGCAGCUGAAUGUCUCGCACCAGCAGCUCAUGCAACAAUCACCCGGCCACAUGAGCCAGCAGCCCUUCAUGGCCUCCGUCUCACACUCACACAUGUACCAACACAAGCAGGAGCCGCCCCAGUAUUCUCACUCGUCUCGGUUUCCCUCUGCCAUGGUGGUGACAGACGCCAACAGCCUCAGUACACUGAGCUCAAUGUCCUCCAGCAAACAGUGUCCGCUUCAGGCCUGGUGAGCACCUGACUUCCUUGAUGCCGAGAACAUCGUCCCCACCUCCAUUCCCCCUCAUCGCGCCCGUAUCUGUGGAAACCCAUAAUAAGUGCGGCUGAGUGGUUGAGAGUUAGUCAAUAAACCAGGGGAUGCAGGACUGACGAGAACGGACACUGUUAGGUUGUUCGAUCAACAAGGGUACACACUUUAGUGACAGUAUUUUACUUCUCAGUGAUGGACAAAACGCAUUGAGGAACAUGGGUGAUCCUGAAGAACAAACCAAUAGGAAACACAAGACAAAGCUACAGAUACAAGGAGAAGAAAGACCUGGAAUAAGAGCACUGUGCCCAGUGAAGACAUUAUAAUUGAACUGUGUGGAUACAAUGACAAUCAGCCAAUGUUAGAAGCAUCUGUAGGAGUUUCUGUGACGUGUAACUGAUGCAAAGACGUCUUCCGUGAGAUCUGACAACGCUUAGACAAUGUUCUGUACAGUUGAAUGUAAAUACAAGCAAUUAUUAUAUCGUUAGUAUGAAGGAUGUAAAUAUUCGAUUGUCCAUGUGGUGUGCUGUUUUAUCUGUCUAAACUGUGAUUCACGAUGUGACAAUCUAUGGAACAGGUAUGACGUAUCGGAAUAUGCAAUUUCAGACUUUUUUUGACUACUUUGUUGACGUCAAAUCUUAAAAGUGAGAUAAAUGUUAAAGCACAUUCAACAAAACCUGAACCUAUUGAUCUCCCUCCAAGCCUGGUUUUAAAAUAGACACUACUGUCAAUGUUGACUAUUAGCAUUAGCGUCGUCAGAUAGAUAAGAGUCAUCUUUCUGUGCCAGGACUUCCACAGUAUGCCAGAAGUAGUGGAUUUAAGAUACGGUCGAUUCAGAGAGCCAGAUAACUCCAUCCGCAUAGCUGCUCACCAUCUUUGCGAAAUCGACAGGAACGGCCGUGAAUCAUGACGUGCCUUUCUAAUCUAAAUAUUGACUUACAAUCAAACUGUCAUUGUCAUUGUGGAGAGAUACGCAGUGCGUCCUGUCGAAUUGGACGGCAGAAUGGUUAUCAGUAGGAAUUUCAUAAAAGUUGGGAAAUUGAGCCCAUUCGCCAUUUUAAACAGUAUUACCUGCUCACGCCACUCUGAACUACCAGGAAGCAUUGUGAAAUAGCUUUUAUUGUGGCUCUUGACUUUUUUUUUUACACAUUUGCUGGCAUGUAUGUCCACAAUUUUAAAACUGAAGAAACUAGAGCACAUGUCCCCGUCUAAGAGUUUGAAUACUUGUCAAAAGGUCACUGCAAUGUUUGUGUUUAAUGUUGUUGACUAUGUUCCCACUGCCAGUUGACCUGAGGUUACAGUGCUGGUUUAUUCUCCUGUUUUAUGCUGGAUUUAUACAAAAUGUGAUUCUGUCCACAUUGUAUUAUUUUUGUAUAAAAUGAAAUCAAUCUUUUAAAAUCAUUAUUUAUGCUCUUAAGUUUCAAGUAAAGUUUUUUUUUUUCUCAAGAUUGGUAACUGUGGUCUGUCUCUGAUUUCAAAUGUAAAAGUAAAUCAUAUUGUAUGAA